AUGUCGCAACAACAGCCGAACAAAGCUGACAACAGGCAGCAGUCAGAUUACUUUACAUCCCAAAGACCUGCAGCAACGCCUGAGCCACGACAGCAACCCACGGCAACACGCAUGCCAUCGGGUUUGGCACAAAGCCGUUCCAAUGCACCAAGUAUAGGAAGACUUGACACUGCUCGCUUGGAGUCACGACCCGAGAAUGAGCGCGCCAACACUACUGCAACUGGUAUGACCCAAAUGGGCACCAUCAGAAACACCCCCACUGCCCGAAAGAGCCGGGCAACUCGUGAGAAUGUCAGGCAAGAGCCGCCGCGACGACCUGAGAAGAAGCAACAGCAGACUGUAGACGUCGAGAAUGACUACUUCUCACUGAACCCUUGGUACAAUGAGCAAAAGUCAAAGCCAGUCUUCGGUUUGGGCGCGCCUUUACCACGCACUGUACGUAAGGGUAUGUGGUGGGGAAGAGGCGACCUGCGAAAGUCUCUGUACCGGGUCGAUGAAGGGGAUGCAGAUGGUAUUGCUCGACAAGAUGGCUUAGGCUUCCACGAUGGCAAAGAUUUGGAAGAAGAUUCAGAAGACUCUCAGGAGACGCUAGACGGCGUUGGUCGACCACACCAACGCCGCGACCCCUCGCAUUUCCAGACAACAGUUGACGGCCGCAAUGUCAAUAUGAAACGCGUGCCAACUAGUGAAGCUGAUCAGGUGCUUGGCCGCAACCAAGAACCGAACGCUCGCAGCCACGAACAUCAUGAAGGCCAAGAACGUGCUCCCGUCAACGAGCACGGUUUGGAGUUUUCUGAUGGACGCGGGCAGCAGCAGCACUUUGGUUUACAAGACGGUCUUCCGCCGCUCCAGGAACACGAUACGAACAUGUCUUCCCAGACUAAGCAGGAAGAGAAAGAGAUUCAGCAACGGGAGCAUGAGGCAGAACGCGAGUUCUACAAUCAGUACCGCAACCCGAUUGCUAGGCUGCGAGCCAAGUACCCCCAGGCACCUGCCGAGUUCCUCGCCACGUUUGUGUACCUCCUUAUUGGACUUUGCGUCAAUCUUUCAGUCGCCACAUCUCAAGAAGGCACCGGCAGCUUCGAGACCCAAGCCUGGGGAUGGGGCUUCGCAGUCAUGAUUGGCAUCUACCUCGGCGGUGGUGUCAGCGGUUCACAUCUCAGUCCCACAAUCUCAAUCUCGCUAUCCGUCUACCGUGGUUUCCCCUGGAAGAUGGCAAUCGUCUACAUCUUCAUGCAGUUGCUGGCAGGACUUUGUGCCGGCGCCGUAGCUUACGCCCUUUACGCAGAUGCUAUUCAUGCAGUAGACCCCGGUCUUACCCUGGAGAUGACCGGCAAGGCUCUCUUCCCGCAAGGACCCAUUUACUCGACUGCGACCGGCUUCUUCAACGACUUCGUCUACAUGGCCAUCUUCGUCUGCGUCAUCUUCGCCCUAGGAGACGACCAGAACUCGCCUCCAGGCCAAGGUAUGACAGCCUUCGUCGUCGGUCUUACAGGUUUCGUCACCAUGAUCGGGCUUGGCUACAACACUGGUUUGGGUAUCUCACCAGCGCGCGAUCUUGGCCCAAGACUCAUCGGGUUGUGGGUUGGAUACGAUUCGGCCUUUGAGAACGGGUACUGGGCGUAUGGUUCUUGGGGCGCAUCUAUUGCUGGCGCGUUGUGUGGUGGCUUGAUGUAUGAUUUGUGUAUCUUCGUGGGUGGAGAGUCGCCUGUUAACUACAGGUGGCCGCAGCCUGGAGAUAUCAAGUGGAAGGCUAAGGAGAAGAAGGAUAAGGCCAAGGAUAGGAUUCAGCAGGUGGCGUAA